AUGUCGCCGAAGGACGGAGAACAAGACACAGGCACCACAUAUUAUAGCGUAACAACAGAAGCUUGUCCUUCUGACUACGUCCACAACCGCCUCCUGAACCUCUGCUACCAGCUGCAUCUCAACAAAAUCAACCGCGACGACGGUCUUGCCGACUGUACGACAAGAGGAGAACAUUUGGUUGUUAUUGACAGUGAGGACAAACAGAUCCACCUGCUGAAGCAGAUCUCCUCCUCAUCGGAAAAUUUGAAACAUAACUACUUCAUCGAUGGUUCGGACGCGGCAAACGAAGGACAGUGGCUACUUCACGAUGGUCGACCUAUGACCUACUUCGCCUGGCGUCCAGGAUUCCCGGCCAAUCUCCACUGGUCAUGA